AUGACGGCCACACAAGCCGAACUAGACGGCUUCAGCGUCAGGGCUUCAGCCCUCCUUGAAAACGCCACUGAUGACACACGCUUGACCUAUCUGAGCCGGGCCAUUGCCGCGAAGCUCAAAGCUUACCAGCAAGACCCAAACACGAAUGAUUUUGACCCGAAUCUGGUUGCUGCUGGCCUUUCAGUCCUCCAAGUCGUCGAUGGUAUCAAAGCCAUGCACAUGAGCACUGGAAAUCAAGCCGCCGAGUGCGACUUGAACGACCCAUCCAGUCUCCGGGACCUCUUGUUCAACGAGGAUGGCAAGAUCACCCCAACAUGCAUUCCCUCGAUUAUGUUACCGGAUGAGCACGGGCAUCCUAUGUUGCCCUACAACACUCUCCUUGAGGUAUGCCCUUGCCUUCCCGACAGCAUCGUCCGCAACGAGCACCAGCGGACAACCCUGAGCUGCGAACAUUGCGUGUCAGAUGGAGUCUCCAAUCUGAGAGUGUUUUUGGACUUCUUCUACGCAGUUGCUGGCUAUUUUGGUCAUGAUAUUCAUCGGCCAUUCGAUCCGGAGUUCCGUGCACUCUAUGAUGACUAG